CUUCUGUCCUAAGCAGCUCGUCAGCUUCAACUUCCGCUCAAAGUACUUGUCAGAAUACUUCCUUAUAUAAUCCAAAUGCAGAUGAGUUUGCGCUUCAAGAAUGCAUUAAAAUUAUCAAAUCUAAUGUGGAAGACGUUGUAACUUACAAAACCAAUAAAAAUGAGAAAAAAAUGCUUGUUUCUGCUACUCCAGAACAUAUAGCCAGAGGACCUAGUAAACAGGCGGAUGCUUCGUUUAUACCACCACUUCUCCCUACUCCAGCUCAAAUUCCGUGUGAUUCUGAGGGUACACCUUGGCCAACUGUCAUUGUUAAGGUGGCUAAUUCACAAAGUCUUACGAGCAUCAUACACAAGACCACCCAAUUCUGUUUGGAUCCAAAUUGUAUAGAAGAUGUUAUUGUAUUAAAAUUAUGGAAAUGGAAUAAAACUUACCAUGAUGAAAUCCCAAGGCGCCGUUUAACAGUUCGAACAAGUCCUCAAAAUGAAGAUGGGAAUUACCUACCAGUUCAAUUGAUUGAAUUCGGAACUAUUGAUGGAGAAAAUCGACUAUAUAAUCGAUGCUCUGCUCCAGGAAUGUGUACUUUAAGUAUGUCACCACAUUGUAUUUACAGAGGCUGUCCUCAUCAAAAUCCACCGCUUCCACAAUAUCCGAUUGAAAAUGAUGUUAUUAUCGACUUAUUUCUUAUACAGCAGAAAAAUUUUCAUUUUUAUUAA